GUUUCGACAACUGGAGCCAGUCAGCGAGUGGUCGGGAUUAAGUCACGUCACAGUACCGGCAGUUGACCAGUUGGUGUUGGUUGAGUCGCUGUGUGUACAUAGGAUAUCACAACAUCAGAUAAUUUCAUCAGAAAAACAAUGGGAAUAACACACGCAAUGGAAUUGUUGCUGGUUUUUCUACUUGGAUUAGUUCCCGCCAUCUUGUGCGGGCAGACGUGUUCCUUCACUCAAAGUUCGACAACCUACUCGGUCUUCUGCGAGAACGGCUGCUGCAGCAAUGCCUGUUGUAAGACCAGCACGGUCGAUACUGACGCGGUGGCCAUCGGAGUGUCGGUCGCCCUAGCCCUUCUCCUCCUCAUUCUGCUCAUCAUACUUAUUGUCUACUGCUACAAGAAGAGGAAGAACAAGAAGAAAGAUUGGGAUGAGAAUAGUACGACGACAAACGACAACACCGUCGUGCUCUAUAACAUGCCGACCAGAAAGACGGCAAAAGUGGCGGCAAUCAAAAGCGACUUCUACGAGACGACCAAAUACACCCAGACAGGGGAGCCGACUCCCCCCUACCGAGAGAAAGUUUUCUUCGGCCGCUCCAACCGCUGGAAGCUCAAGAAGAACCAGAUCCACCGACGCCGUCUACCGUCCAACACGGGCGAGAAGUCUACUCAGACCCCGGGGAACCAACCCACCAUGAUCCGGCCCGCCCAGCCGCCCGCCCCCGUCACGCCCUAUCUAGAAGAAGUCGUCACCAUCCCGGAGAAGUCGAGCCAAACAUCCGCCCAGCCUAAAAACAAAGGCGCCCCGCCCGGGUCGAAGCUGUACGACCCCAACCGUGUGGCCAGAGAUAAAACCAAGCAGGGCUACAGCGCCUCGUGGGCCGCUCACCCUCCCUGGCAACACCACACCAACCAGCGGAGUUUGGACCAGACGCAGCCCAAACCGUUAGACACCUACGCCAACUUCGGCUCGGCGGACGUGGAGCCGUACUCCACCUCGGAGCUGGGCCACUACCGGUACGACAGUGACGUCAUCGAGAACCAGGGCAGCAGCCGGUCGUCCAUGACCUUCGUCAGGCCGCGGUCACUCAACGGUUACGACUAAAUCCUGUUUCAAACAUCUCCUAUCACGCAUUACAAAAACUAGAUAAACAGCUUAUCAACAGCUAGGAUAAAGAGAUUCUUUAAUUAAAACAUGUGUUUAUGACUGAUGAAUGGUUUAGAAUAAUAUUGUGACGCCGUACAUCUGUACUAGUGUAAUGUUCUGUAAAGGCGAAACCAAGGGGUGCGUGGGAGCGUACACCCCCCAACCUAUUGUAAUGGUUCUGGCUCAGAUAUUUCCUGAGUUAAUUACACAGCUCCUGAAUCUGCUAUCAGCUUUCGACAUUAAUUUAUUCAUGUGAACUUUGAACAAUGGUCAGAAAACCAUUUCUGACAAACAAACUAACCAGUGGCCAAACACCUGCCCAGAGUUUCCAACAACCUCACCUGGACCUUGACCUAAUUUCUAGCCAAUCGUCGGUAGGGAUACUAAUCGAUGCCAUUGUUUAUAACCAGCACAGAUGGGCAUCAAACAAGCCACUGUUUAAUCAAGCUGUUGUUGACCUCGUCGUAGCCUGUUUUUGUUACAAGAAAAUAUCUGAUAACAUGACUUUUUCAAUCUGUCCACCAGCGGUGUAGCUACCCACACUGUUGUCCUGUCAUAGCUACACCUGUUGCUGUCCUGUCAUAGCUACCCAUUGUUGCUGUCCUGUCAUAGCUACCCAUUGUUGUUGUCCUGUCAUAGCUACCCACAUUGCUGUCCUGUCAUAGCUACAAUUGUUGCUGUCCUGUUAUAGCUACCCAUUGUUGUUGUCCUGUUAUAGCUACCCACGUUGCUGUCCUGUCAUAGCUACCAACGUUGCUGUCCUGUCAUAGCUACACCUGUUGCUGUCCUGUCAUAGCUACCCACAUUGUUGUUGUCCUGUCAUUGCUACCAACGUUGUUGUCUUGUCAUAGCUACCCACGUUGUUGUCCUGUCAUAGCUACCCAUUGUUGUUGUCCUGUCAUUGCUACCAACGUUGUUGUCUUGUCAUAGCUACCCACGUUGUUGUCCUGUCAUAGCUACCCAUUGUUUCUGUCCUGUCAUAGCUACCCAUUGUUGCUGUCCUGUCAUAGCUACCCAUUGUUGCUGUCCUGUCAUAGCUACCCAUUGUUGUUGUCCUGUCAUUGCUACCAACGUUGUUGUCCUGUCAUAGCUACCCACAUUGCUGUCCUGUCAUAGCUACAAUUGUUGCUGUCCUGUUAUAGCUACCCAUUGUUGUUGUCCUGUUAUAGCUACCCACGUUGCUGUCCUGUCAUAGCUACCAACGUUGCUGUCCUGUCAUAGCUACACCUGUUGCUGUCCUGUCAUAGCUACCCACAUUGUUGUCCUGUCAUAGCUACCCAUUGUUGUUGUCCUGUCAUAGCUACCCAUUGUUGCUGUCCUGUCAUAGCUACCCAUUGUUGUUGUCCUGUCAUUGCUACCAACGUUGUUGUCUUGUCAUAGCUACCCACAUUGCUGUCCUGUCAUAGCUACAAUUGUUGCUGUCCUGUUAUAGCUACCCAUUGUUGUUGUCCUGUCAUAGCUACCCACAUUGCUGUCCUGUCAUAGCUACAAUUGUUGCUGUCCUGUUAUAGCUACCCAUUGUUGUUGUCCUGUCAUAGCUACCCACGUUGUUGUCCUGUCAUAGCUACCCACGUUGUUGUCCUGUCAUAGCUACCCAUUGUUGCUGUCCUGUCAUAGCUACCCAUUGUUGUUGUCCUGUCAUAGCUACCCACGUUGUUGUUGUCCUGUCAUAGCUACCCACGUUGCUGUCCUGUCAUAGCUACCCACGUUGUUGUCCUGUCAUAGCUACCCAUUUAUUUUUCCCCAACCUCUUAAGGAUUUGAUAGAUAAAUGUUGUCAUGUACGAAGGAUCAACUGCAGCUUAUGUGAGUCGGUUUGACAUCAAUACAUUUUUCCCGUCAAACAUCUAUGGUUUUACAAUAAUAGUGAACCUGCGUAACUUGAUGUAGACGUUUGUAUUUAUAAAGAUGAAUGGAUUUACAAAUGGCAGUUUUUUAAAUGUAAAUAUGGUCUAUUGAGCAGUGAGAAAAUUGAAAUAUUUAAGCAAAAUGUGAUAUAUUUAAUCAUGAUAUAAUGUUAUUUUUUAAAACGUAUUAAAUGUGUGAUAUAUUUAUACAAAUUAAAUGUGAUAUUUAUAUUUUUUUAUAUAGAUAUCUGCACCUCACUAUGUUAAAAAAAUAUUAUAAUGAUUACAUCCUUAAAUGGUUGUUAAACGUCAUUUUAUGUAAUCAGUUGUCCAGAUUACGUCAUGUUUCCUGUACA